UCCUGUCAGGCAGUGAGUUUUGGUGCCAAGCGAAAGAAAGAUGCUUUUUAAUUUAAGAAAGUAUAUCAUUAAAACCAACGGAGCUGUGAAUGCGUAGGUUUUCUUAAACUGAGUCAUUCAAGAGCACUAAACGUCUCAAGUCGGCGGAAGCUUGCCUAAAGUCGUAACACGUGAGUGGAAAGCUAGUUAGCUUCGUGGCUAAUUCACGUGUUCUUUUACCACACUCUGUGCUUGUAGCCAACGUUAGCUCAUUGGCAUCACUGUCAUCCAAACGACAUUACGUUUACAAAGGAGGGUUAGACAUUGUUCUGUAGUGAUUUUAGUGACCCAUUUCGACUGCAGCUAUUAUUUGUAUGGCUGGUACUAGGAUGAAGCUCGAACUGUCCCGGGUUGUUCAGGGAAGAAGUCGGCUAGGUGUCCUGAGGGGGCUCGGCAGGACUGGACAGCACUCACUGGAGAUCCCGGGGUGUCUCCUGUACACACACUUUGGGACAGUCCCCCACCUCACUCAGGACACGCUGCACACCCUGACCAACCUCCCUUCUGUCACUCAAGUCACCCUGUCCAGUAUAGCAGAGCACCAGGAGGUGUUGGAGGAGUUUAAAGAUGGAUUCAGGAAGUUUGCAGGUCUUCAUGAUACUUUGUUGUAUUGCUCGCUUCACGAUCCUGCGGCCCCCUGCCCAACAGGUUACACUACUAACAAGACAGUGUCCGUGUGGGGUAGCGGUGGGCGGAUAGAGCUCACUGUGGCCAAGUUCAUGGCUCUCCAGAAGACCGUGCAGCCAGACUGGUACCAGAGCAUGGCGGACGGAGAGACGUGGCAGAACAACACCUCUCGCAAACGGGUUCGAAAGUCUGUGGAUCGAACUCUCGCCCACCUAGACGAGUGUCUGCUGGUGCACCAAAACUCACAGGAGUUAGAGGGAGUGGAGCUGUUUGGCGUGGUGGAGGGAGGAGACAUCCUGGAAGAGAGGGUGCGCUCGGCCAAAGAGACGGCCAAGAGACCUGUUUCAGGAUUCUGCUUGGACGGCUUCCAGACGGGUUCCAUGGACCAGGCCCUGAGGACCCAGCUCAUUGCUGCUGUGACCAAAGAGCUGCCUGAGGACAAACCCAGACUGCUGCAGGGUGUAGGACGACCUGACGAGGUGCUGGCCUGCGUGGAGGCCGGUGUGGACCUGUUUGAGAGUUUCUUCCCGUUCCAGGUGACGGAGCGAGGCUGCGCUCUUUGCUUCAGCUUCGACAUCUCCCCGGACCCGGAGCGCGCAGGUAGUGCGCCCCCUGCAGUGCUGGAGCUGAACGAUGAUGAGAGGGACACAGCAGGGGAGACACAACAGAACGGAGACCUUAAUCUUGACGAUCAAACACAGAUGACACCCUUUGAGAUCAAUCUUAAAGACAAGAGGUACCAGGGCGACUUCAGGCCCCUGGUGGAGGGGUGUGGCUGCUACUGCUGUGCAAACCACCAGAGGGCGUACCUGCACCACCUGCUGGUGACCAAUGAGCUGCUGGCAGGAGUCCUGCUCAUGAUUCACAACACAGCCCACUAUCACGGCUUCUUCGGCGCCCUGAGAGAAGCUAUGGCCAACGAUAAAGUGGACCUCCUCAAGAGACGGGUCAGCGGAUGACUAAUGUCCUCUGGACACAAUGAUACAACAGAAGAGACAGAGGGAGAGCUAACCAGGGUGACCAGUUAUUACAGGGGAAAAAUACCUAAAUAGAUCCCACCUUUCUACUGUCAUACAUUAAAAAGUCAUGUAUAAUAAGAUUUCCUUGAGGCUUAGUUUUGCUCUUUGUCAUUCCAUACUUUAUUGAUCUGUUUUCAUCAAGUAUUUGUCAUUCUCCAUGAAUAUUUUUAAUGUUUCAGUUGGAUACCUCUAAUAGCUUGUCACUUACAUGUAGAUUGACUUCAUGUUUUCAACUUGACUGACUAACUAGCAUGUGCAAUGAGAUUGUGCGUCACAUUAAACUAGGUCCACGCCACUCUCAGCAUUCAGGGGUGGCUGGCUGUUGUCUCCUGUGAGUUUCAGGGAGGUGAACUGAAGGUUUGAGCUGACAGCUCCAGCAUUCCUGCUGCUGAGAAAGGAUAAAGAUCAGAUAAAGAUACAGGUCUGUACUGCCGCGCAUGCAGGGGGAGGCUUUUUGAAGGUGAGGGGAUUUAAUUCACUGCCAGACCGUGCAGAUGUCUGUAGGGGACGGGACACAGGAGAGUGUGACAGAUUUAAGGCCAGUUUAUUCUUCUGCAUAGAUUCUAUGUGUGACGUGAACUGCUCUAGAAAUGAAACUACAUGUCACGGUGAUGCAAAUCACACCAACUGUGACUGGUUCACUUGGUGGCACCGUAUUUCCUCCUAUGUAUUUUCGCCUGCUCCUUCUUUUUUUUUGGUGUCUGUUGAGUAAACCCUUAAUUAAGUACACAUUUAGUGCGGAUUACUUUUAUCCACAAAAGCUACGAAUGAUGUUCUCUUAGGAUUUUUCCUGGGCUCCUUCUUCUCCGCCUUCUGCCUCAGUCGUUUCAGGGGUCGUACACACCAUCCCCUCCGAUGUCUUCUGUCUUUCCCGCGUUGCAGUAAUUUCAGUAAAAGUAACUGUUGUUCAACAUGUAUAAGCUCCAACUCAAACAUGAUCUGCUCAGUUUCAGUCACUGUUCAGUCACAGUAUACAAAAAGAAGCCAGCUAGCAUUUUAGCGUUGUACCACAAAGAGGACAUUUAUGGAACAGCAAUAAGGAUUUUUGUUUUACUUGUGGGUUAUUUUAACCACAUCAGGUAUUAUAAUGAAGUAGGUUGGAGGAUUUGCUGUCAUCAAUAGGUGGGCACUGUGCAGAAAAGCUUAAGAAAAAUAAUCAUAAAGUGAGUUGGGAAAGAUGAAAAGUUGGAACCUUAGUAAUACCUGUGGGGAAAAUGGACCGAAGCUAAAACAAGCAGUGACCUGUAGACUGUGUUUAUUUUAAGGUUUAAUGGGCUGGCGGUAGACAGAUGCUUAGUGUGGAAAAGGUUGUAAAGUCAAUCCCCCAGAUUAGCUAGUAAAAAUAGAGGUAGUGAAUGGCUAUUGCCCUCCUUUCCCUGGAUAACUGUCAUAGAUAUUCAGAAUCUGUUUCAGUGGAGGUGUUUAGCUGCUUACAAAACAACAGGCGUGUGACAAAGAUUUAUAUAAAAGCUUGCUGCGCAAAUCUACCCUUGAUAAAUAUGCGCUGCUUAAAAAAAAUA